AUGGUGGGUGGUGGCCUAGGCUUAGGCGUCGCUGGCAUGGCUACUGGCGAUGAGGGCAUCUACGAUGACCUCAAAGGUGUUCUCUACACGGACUUAGCUCUGAACGUUGAGGCUGAUAUGAUCCAAUACGCUAAUGACACACAACACGAGAAGAUCGUCCGUGGCCUCGGUCUUGGAAUGGCACUCAUAAUGUACGGCCGGCAAGAGGGAGCUGAUGAAUUGGUGAAUGGCCUUUUGGAUGACCCUGAUCCAAUUCUCCGAUACGGAGGCAUCCAGACUCUCGCGCUUGCUUAUUGCGGCACUGGCAGCAACAAGGCUGUUCGCAAGCUGCUUCAUGUGGCCGUCGGCGAUGUUAGUGAUGACGUACGGAGAUACGCCGUCAUGAGUCUCGGCUUCAUCCUCUUCAGAAAGCCCAAGAGUGUACCGCGUAUGGUUGAGCUACUGUCAGAGUCGUACAACCCACACGUCCGAUACGGCGCAGCAAUGGCACUGGGUAUACCUUGUGCAGGUAUUGGUCUGGACAAAGCCAUCGACAUUCUGGAGCCAAUGAUCAAGGACCCAACUGACUUCGUGCGCCAAGGAGCACUCAUUGCCCUUUCCAUGAUCAUGGUACAGCAAAACGAGGCCAUGAACCCAAAGGUUGGCACUAUUCGAAAGACACUGCAAAAAGCCAUCGGUGACCGGCAUGAAGAUGCCAUGACCAAGUUUGGCAGUGCCAUCUCCUUGGGUAUUGUCGAUGCUGGUGGCCGCAACUGCAUGAUAAGCCUCCAGACCCAGACAGGUAACUUGAACAUGGCUGGUAUUGUCGGAAUGGCAGUGUUCACUCAAUACUGGUACUGGUUUCGUCUGACACACUUCCUGUCCCUGAGCUUCACUCCAACGUCAGUCGUUGGUCUUGACCAGGACCUUGAGGUUCCCAGCUUCAAGUUUCACAGCGCGACUCGACCUAGUCUGUUCGACUAUCCUCCGGAGCAAGAAGCCAAGACGGAGGAUGCUCCAGAGAAGGUCAACACCGCCGUACUCUCGACAACUGCCUAA